AUGUAUGGUCGCAUAAUUUCUCCAUGGGCCCGGUAUACGCUUCCGGGCACUGGACAAAAUGCCUCCGCACCGUUUAAUACUCCUCAGGCACAGAAGCGAAAUGCGUCCACAUUGUACUAUACGGCCAGUCUUAUUCUCGGAACAGUUGCGCUCGCAUACGGCUCCGUCCCUCUAUAUAAGAUGAUCUGCCAACAGACUGGUUGGGGUGGCCAGCCCAUCCUUACCCAUCGCGGAGGAGACGCCGAUACCGCAUCUCGUGUGACGCCUGUAACAGACGCUCGUCGACUCCGAAUUACGUUCAAUGGUUCAGUCUCCGACGUUUUGCCAUGGAAGUUCACCCCUCAACAGCGCGAAGUCCGAGUACUGCCUGGUGAAACGGCCCUUGCCUUCUAUACCGCAACGAACAAGGGCCCUUCGGAUAUCAUUGGUGUUGCAACAUACAGCGUCACGCCGGGCCAAGUUGCCCCGUACUUCAGUAAGAUUCAAUGUUUCUGUUUCGAAGAGCAGAAGUUGAAUGCUGGUGAAUCUGUCGACAUGCCUGUUUUCUUCUACAUUGAUCCGGACUUCACGAAAGAUCCGCAAAUGAAGGGCAUUGACACCAUCACACUCUCAUACACCUUCUUCAAAGCGCGAUAUGAUGACAACGGAGUUCUCAAGCCGAUACCAACGAACUGA